AUGAGCCUCUAUGCUUGGGGGAAAAACAACUACGGCCAGCUCGGUGUGAAGCGAGAGCCCGCACCAAGCAGCUCCAGCCGGCACCAACCACGGCAAGGGCACCAGGAAGAGGAGCAGCAGGUGCAGCCCGCCGAAGCCAGGUGCCCGCCUAAGUUGGGCAGCGAGAGGGCGGGGCAAGGCCAGGAACCGGUGGGUGUGGAGGUGGACGGAGAGUCCUUCGUUGCCGCAGCCGCCGGCGAGCACCACACCCUUGUCGUGACCCAGUACGGCGACGUGUUGACGUUCGGUCGCGGCAAAGAGGGGCAGCUAGGACAUGGCGAGGCCUCGAGAUUGGACAUGGCCGACUCCCCGCGGAAGGUGGAAUCCCUCUCGAACGUGACCGCCACCGGGGUGGCGUGUGGGGCGUUCCACUCCCUGGCGGUCACCUCGUCAGGAGCGCUGUACGAGUGGGGUCUGAUCCACACCGACCCGGACUGGACGGCGGAGAAGGAGGCGACGGAUGCGGACCUGCUAGCCCUUGCAGGACCCUCCCAGGGUCACGUCAACCCGGCGCACCGCCUGUCGAGCGUGGUGGCCGACAGCGCGCGCAGGUGGCUGUCCGCGACCGAUGACACCGAGAACAGCGAACGCGACGAUAGUAGCAGCGCCGAAGACAACAACAGCAUGGAUGAAGAGACCAGAAUCAUGCAAAAGAGGAUGUUGGAGAGGCUUCCCACACGCAGCCGCCAGCCGGUGCCCCGCCUGGCGACGUCCCUGAGGGGUCUUCGCGUGACCUCCAUCAGCGCGGGUUAUGCCCACUCCGUGGCCGUCACGGAUCAGGGCAGGGCGUUCUCCAGCGGGCAGAACGAUAGAGGACAGAUUUUGCAGCUCGGACUUGCGCACCGAAUCCACAGUGGCAUCUUCCGGGAGGUGGUCGGUAUGGCGGGUCGUUUCUUCCUCGAGCUUGGCUUGGAAGCUGCUUCCACCAAGCUCGCGCCGACCCACAACCCUCUGCUGAGCGACGUCGGGGGCGGCGUGGUGAGCGUCAGCGCGGGCGCCAACCACUCGGUAUGCGCGAUGGCCAGCGGGCUGGUGAUGAGCUGGGGAGCCUCCGAGUACUGCCAGCAAGGGUGUGCAGUCGUGGCCGGCGCCGACCUGAUGAGGCACACAAGCAGCAGCGGCGGCGGUUACUUCAGGGUGCCGAGGGCCGUGAACGGCCUCGUGGGGACCCACAUCGUUUCCGUGCACUGCGGGAGCAACUUCACGCUCGCUGUCGACCGCAACGGACUGACGCACAGUUUUGGAUGGAACGAGGGCGACGCCCUGGGCCGUGGCUGGGAGGGCGGCUACGACCCGGCCCCGGGCCGUAUCCCCUCCAUCCCCAGAGUCGUGAGCGUCGCCGCGGGAUCGAGGCACGGCGUUGCCGUUACGGCAGAAGGGCCUGCCGUGGGGCGCCACCUCCGACCCCUCAUCGGCGCCGCCGAUUCCGCCGACGUGGAGCUCGUUACUCCGGAUGCAACGAGUCGUGGAGAGCCGGGUGUUCCCGCACACAUGUCCGUCAUCUCGGCGCGGUGCCCGUACCUCAUGGGCCACAUCGAAGCGGCCAGAAAGUCGACAUCCGCAAGCGCUGCUGCCGAUACGAACGAGAACGGCGCCGACAACGACGGUGACGCCUCGAAGAGGGUAGUCCUUUGCCUCGAGCACGCUAGCGCCGAGACCGUCCCCCUUCUGGCGCGUUACCUGUACGCCGACGAACUUCCCUCGGACGCCACGUCCGGCAAGACUCUGGAGGCCUUGGCCAGGCUCGCGAACGAGUUGCUCCUCCCCAGGUUGGAGGGGUUGUCCGUGCAGAAGCUCCCGUACUACCUACGCCGCAGGUACGUUUUGCGCACCCCCAACACCACGCUCCCGGUUUCCGGGGCCUUUGACGUUCCGCAGUCGACGUUCGUCAACGACCUCGGCCGGCUGGCUGGAUGGUCCAACCGCUCGGACAUGCUGCUGGUGCUGCCAGCCUGGGGGUGGGAGUUCCCCUGCCACAGGGCGGUGUUGUGCGCCUCGCCCUGGUGGCAUGCCCUGCUGGAGGGCGGCUUCCGCGAGGGGGGCGGGGACAAGGUCGACCUGUCCGGCCUGCUGCUCGAGGGAGUGACGCGAACGGAGGCGCUUGAAGUGGCCAUCCGGCAUGUAUACUCGAACUCUCGCUUCUCCGUGGUCGACCUGGACCCCGAAGUUGUCAUGGAGGUGGUGAUCAUCGCCGAGUUCAUGGUCCUCUCGAGCCUGACCAGCGCCUGCCAAUGCGAGCUCGGGCGCUACGUCGACGAGGACAACGCGCCGCAGCUGGCUCGGUUCGCUAACAGGUACCGCCUGCUCAAGCUGGAGACCCGCUGCCAGGAGUUGCUGCUCUCUUCUUCUUCUUCGACGACGACGACGACGAUGACCACGCAGUGAAGGGAGGAGACAACCUGCAACCUUCUCUAGGCCACCUAUCAAACUUCUUGGUCAGAAGGAAUUUGGCCGGAGCACGGAUGAAGAACGAGCUAGACGUUCUAGUAGGACGAUUUUGUUGUUGAUCCGGACACUGAGGCAGGGGCGAAUGAAUGGCAAUGCGGUUGGGUGCGGUCUAUCCACCGGUCCUCGUCCCCUUUUUUGUGAGGGGAGGUUGGGCGUAGGAGACAAACUGGAUUCGCCAACAGGCACCACCUCUCCUACGCUAGUAUGGAAACUUUGUUGUCGUCGAUAGUUUGCUUUCCGACCGGUGUCGUGGGCCAAGAUCUGUGCAAAAAUGCACUGCACAUAGCUUUUUCCGGAGAGAAAUCAGUUCCGGUGAUGUCGAGCAAGAUGAAUCUGGCGCGUCUCUGUGGAUUGGUUUGGGUUCGUUUGUCCUUUUCUCUCCGCAGAGGUACGCGACACCUACCUAACCGAGACAAUGACGGGGGUAACUCAAGAUAUUGUCGAUCUCUCCGCGCGUUGAUACUGAUAGCAGCAGAGGAGCAGCAGCAACAGCGAGAAAAACGACAAAUUAGCCAUUGUAACGAAGGGGGUGGGAAAUAUGUUUAGGUUACUUCGAACUUUCGCCAAUUUUUUGUCAACGUGAUCUGUUUUUGUGAUUGGGGUGGUGGUUGUGGUAACAUGCACGGUGUGUGGGUUUGAUUGGUCGGGUGUAGGGGGGGGCGGACGAGCGCUUGAUUGGUCUUGC